GCAGACUGCAACAACUAAUGUCCCAAUGUUCGGAUAUUCAUUGCUGAUGGAAUCGAGUGGUGGAUUUAUAUAACUGCGCACCCGACCUCCCUACUACGGCAGCAGCUUAGUCCGUCAGUAGGACGACGUAACUCAGUACAGAUCGUGUGCGUUUCACUUCUCAGAACGGAGGCCGCCGAUCAAGGGAGCGAUCUUGAAGACGAGUGGUCUCCAGAAUCCCUUGGACCCCCUUCUUCUGCGCCUCAAGACAGUUACAGUUCUGACAAUAGUGCGUCAUCUGCAGCAGCAGCUUUGUAUAUGGCAGUCAGGAAUAUGACGUUGUCAGCAAAACUCUUGGUUGGGGAGUCUAAUUUCCAGGAUAGGAUCAAGGUCCUUUAUCCCAUGGUGAAUGAGGCAGAAUCCCCUCUGCCAAGAUCUUGGAGUCCUAAGGACAAGUUUAACUUUAUCGGAUUAUCUCAGAACAAUCUCCGAGUUCAUUACAAGGGUCAUGGUAAGGGUCACAAGGAUGCUGCCAGUGUACGAGCUACUCAUUUGAUUCCAGCAGCUUGUGGAAUAUACUACUUUGAAGUGAAAAUUGUUUCCAAAGGACGUGAUGGAUAUAUGGGAAUUGGUCUUUCUGCUCAUGGUGUGAAUAUGAAUCGCCUUCCUGGGUGGGACAAACACUCGUAUGGAUAUCAUGGAGACGAUGGGCAUAGUUUCUGUUCAUCUGGCACUGGUCAACCAUAUGGGCCCACUUUCACCACUGGGGAUGUUAUUGGGUGUGGAGUGAACUUACUAGACAACACUUGUUUUUACACAAAGAACGGUCACCAUCUUGGCGUUGCCUUCACAGACUUGCCCCCAAGCUUAUUUCCAACCGUUGGACUACAAACUCCAGGAGAAAUAGUUGACGCCAACUUUGGUCAGCAGCCGUUCGUAUUUGAUAUUGAAGACAUGAUGAAGGAGAUAAGAGGGAAAACCCGCUUAACGGUAGAACGAUUUCCAAUCCCAGAGUCUUACCGAAAUUGGGAAGGAAUUAUGAAUAAGAUGGUAAUGUCCUAUCUCGUACAUCACGGGUAUUGCUCAACCGCAGAAGCUUUUGCCAAAACCUGUGGGCAAGCAGUAGCAGAAGAUUUAGUGUCCAUGCAAAAUAGACAAAAAAUUCAGCAAUUAGUACUUGAAGGUCAUAUUAAAGAAGCCGAAGAUGAGACGAAAUCUUUAUAUCCAAAUUUACUCGACUCCAAUCCUGACCUGUUGUUCAUGCUUAGAUGUCGUCAUUUUGUGGAACUCGUUGGUCAGUCAAUGACGCGAAAGGAUAGGCCAAAUGAAGAUCUGGACGGUGAUGCUACCAUCAGUUCAUCUAGCAAUUACUGUAACGGUGAUGGAAUUCGACUGGAAUCUCCCGACGAAGAUAUAGAAAAUAAUUGUGGCAACAAAAAUGGAGAGGACGAGGAAGAAGAAGACAUGGAGAUUGGAUACUCCAAUAAUGGAUAUCCGAAUGGUUGUGGCGAUGAAAUGGAGGUUGAAAUCGCAAAUUCCUCCUCAACUACACUCAAGAAACCACCAAAUAGCCUAUCAAAUUCAUCCUUACAGUCAGACUCCUCAUCUGAUAUGUGUAACGGAGAAACUUCUACCAGUAGCAGCAAUAAUGAUGCUUCACACGAGAUGUUAGCAGCAAAAAACGGACAAGUCGUCAACGGGAAGAACAAGGACAAGUGUAAGUUUCCUAACCCACCGACAGAGAGUUCCAUAACAUCACUUCCUCAACAUGGUAGCAAUGGGCUGGGUGCUGUUGAGCAAUUGCUUCAAGUGGGUCGUGAUUUGCAAGCUCUAAGUGUCUCCAUGCGUCGAAUAUAUGGGCACAAUGAUAGCAACAAGAAGCUGAUGCAGAACGCAUUUAGUCUGCUGGCAUAUGCUGAUCCCUGGGAGUCGCCAAUGGGUUGGCAGUUAUCCUCGUCGGAGAGGGAGCCUGUGUGUGCCGCUCUGAACUCUGCUAUUCUCCAAUCCAUUCAAUUACCCAGAACGCCCCCUCUUCAAGUGGGGAUCAAUCAUGCCCAUCUACUGCUCUCACAAAUGGCUCGUUCAGGUCUGGGUGCUUGUGCCUUUAUUGAUCUCGACAUGCAAGCCGAUGUCAAAUAAUAUCACUUUCUUUCCAUAGACAACAAAUAAUCUUUCAGUAGUUAAUCGGAAUUUGUGCAAUUAGGGAUUUCUUGGAGUAUUUAAACUUUUAUUUCUUGAGAAAGUCAAGUUUAUGUAUGUCGUCGUACUGAUCUACACGCUCUACAUACACAUUAGUAGUUAGGUGGAUAGUCUUUUAUUUAACCAUGAUUUGUGCCUUUUUGUUUGAAUCAUUCGCGUACGAUUUGUAGGUCAGCCGCAGAAGCGUAUUAUUACUACGUAAGUAAGAGUGGAUAAGCGUACGGCUGGGCUGCUCCUGUUGGCUUGGCAUAAUGUUUAUAUAUACAAUGUAUGCGCGAUUCAAUUCAUUGUACAAAACAUAGUCAAACUGUCCAAAUGUCAAGUUUCAUACUUAAUUUGUAUAUAUAAUAAUCCGUUGUACAUAUGUGAACUAGGUCUCAUUGAUUCAAGGAUACUACAUAUUUAGAUCAACAAGGAAAAUAUAGGCAUAAACCAGAUGUAAUAAAGGGAAGACUUGCAUUAAACUAAAUUCAGUCGACAACAGACUUUUAGGAAACCACCAUCCUCGCAACAAUCAAAAUUAAUCACAAGUCUACUUUUAUUAAGGAGUAGAAGUACAUAUUUGCUUUUACUGUGAUUACUAAUAGUUUAAAGGAAAUCUAUUCAACGCUAUUUAUUUGUCAAAAUUUUGUAUGCUAAAAUAGUGCACAUGGAAGUGAGAUAUUAAGGUAUGCAUAAAACUCAUCAGCUAAUCAUGUAAAUAGCAAAAAACACAUGCAUAAAGAGAAAACUAUGUUCGAACAAUUUUGACAAGUUUCAAACAAACAAGUCAAACAAGUUUCUUUUCACACUAUAUGAUUGUAUUUUGAUGGAUGGGUAGAAUAACGGACACAUGGCAAAUUGAUAUAUAUGCAAAGGUCAAGUGUAACACCAGUAAAAAGUAAUGUUUCCGUGUUCAAGCAGAGAGUAGACAGACAAACACAGUGCACAAGACAGCCAAAGCUUAUUAGAGAGGUGGGUGGAAAUUGGUGUGUAGAUUAACGUCACCGCUUUGAACAAUAUUUAGCGUACCUUUAUUCGAUCAGCUUGAGACGACCCUUCUGUACCCUUGGUUUUUUAAGUCAAUCCUGCAGCCUGGUUUUCUUGUGGAUGGAUUUGUCAUGUGCGAUUCGCAUUUGUUGAGGAGCAUUUUUCAAUUUUAUAAUCCAAUCCAACUUCCAAAUAUUUCAAACCAUGACGAGAGAUAGUUGCUUCCGGAUGGAGAGCGUUAUUAUUUGUUUGGGUGAAUAUAUGUAUGUAUGUAUGAGAACUUGGUUAAUGGAUGACUAUUAUUGUACUUUGUGGGGUGGUCGGACUACUCAUUAAUAGAGAUAG